AUAAACCCUUUUCUCUCCGUUUCUCUCAUUCUAUCUUUCGUUCUAUUUAUCCCACCAAUUUUCCCUAGAAACUCAAAACCCUAACCCUACCGAGACAAAGCAAGAAAACCUCCAAACCCUCCAUUUUCAAGAUGCUGGAACUCCGUUUAGUGCAAGGUUCUCUGCUGAAGAAGGUUCUAGAAGCAAUCAGGGAGCUCGUGAACGAUGCGAACUUCGAUUGCUCCGCGACUGGGUUCUCACUCCAGGCCAUGGACUCGAGCCACGUUGCUCUCGUGGCCCUCCUACUGCGGUCCGAAGGGUUCGAGCACUACCGGUGCGACCGUAACAUCUCGAUGGGGAUGAAUCUCAACAACAUGGCCAAGAUGCUACGGUGCGCCGGAAAUGAUGACAUCAUCACCGUCAAGGGCGAUGACGGCAGCGACACGGUCACUUUCAUGUUUGAGAGCCCAACACAAGAUAAAAUUUCUGAUUUUGAGAUGAAGUUGAUGGAUAUCGACAGUGAGCACCUUGGAAUUCCUGAGGCAGAGUACCAUGCCAUUGUUAGAAUGCCGUCUGCUGAGUUUGCUAGGAUUUGCAAAGAUCUUAGCAGUAUUGGUGACACUGUUGUCAUUUCUGUUACUAAGGAAGGUGUAAAGUUUUCCACAAAGGGUGAUAUUGGAACUGCAAACAUAGUCUGCAGGCAGAACUCUUCUGUGGAUAAGCCUGAAGAAGCCACUACUGUAGAGAUGAAUGAGCCUGUAUCCUUGACAUUUGCAUUGCGGUACAUGAACUCAUUCACAAAGGCAACUCCAUUGUCUAACCAAGUUACCAUCAGUCUUUCAAAUGAGCUUCCAGUUGUGGUUGAAUACAAGAUUGCUGAGAUGGGUUAUGUCCGCUUCUAUUUGGCUCCCAAGAUAGAAGAGGAAGAAGAGGAGACAAAACCUGAAGUUUAGGUGUUGGAUUGACUCUAUUGGGUCUUUAAUUCGGUUGUAGUAUGCCUUGAUACAUCUUGUUGAAGAUAUUGGGUCUUCAAUUUGAUCAAGAAUAGCCUUCUUCUUGUUACCGUUGACGUUCUCUAAGCUAAUCACUGGGAUGAGAAAGGAGAGUGCUAUUUAAGUAUUUAGGAAUUCUUCUAGGUAGUUUUGCUAUUUAAGUAUUUAGGAAUUCUUCUAGGUAGUUAAAUUAGUUUUGUAUGGUGAUGAUAUGGCUAAAUUUUCAUAACGCAUGCUUUUCAAUUAGGCUUGUUGAGACUUAUAUGGUUAUAUCAAAUAUCAUAUCAUAUGCUAAGUUGUGUCGUUGAAUUUUCUGAGGCUGCCUCAAAGCACCAAGUUGCAAUAGUAUUAAUGCAUUAUUAUUUCCCCUAA